AGGCGUUUUCUAAGGACGGAGGUUCGUAACUGUAAAGCUUCAGAAAGCCUGGAGCAUGAAUAGAGGAGAGGCGGAGUUACGGCACAGUCACAUGAUUUAUGGUCCAAAUAUGGCCGGAGAGGACUUCGUUGUCGGGGAGGUGGCCGCCGCCGAUUCUACUACCACCACUACCUCCUCCACGAUGACUCAGUCUCCGAAGCACAAAUAUUCUAAUCUUGGAGAGAGCCGUUACCGUUCUCCGCCUCAGGAGCAGAUAUUCAUCUGCUCGUUCCCACUUUGCGAUGCCACCUUCAACCGGAACUGGAAAUUGGAUGCUCACCUGUGUCGGCACACGGGAGAGCGCCCCUUCGUUUGCAUUUUUGAAGGCUGUGGAAAAGGCUUCACUAGAGGUUCCCAUCUUAAGCGUCAUUUUCUUACACAUACUGGAGAAAAACAAUUUGUAUGCACAGUAGAUGAUUGCAAUAAAACGUUUACAACAAAAUCAAACUUGAACAAGCAUGUUCUAAGGAGACAUCUUCAGAGGAAAUACAUAUGUGACUUUGAAAAAUGUGGACAAUCAUUUAAAAAGCACCAGCAAUUAAAAAUACAUCAGUCUCAACACACUGGUGAACCAUAUUUCAAAUGUGCCCAUGAGGAAUGUGGAAAGCGCUUUUCUUCACCCAGCCAUUUAAAACGUCAUGAGAAAAUUCAUCAAGGUUAUGCAUGCAAAAAAGAGAGCUGUUUGUUUGUUGGAAAAACCUGGUCAGAAUACCUGAAACACAUGAGACUCAGUCAUGUGGAACCAGUUACCUGUGAAGUGUGUUCCAAAACAUUGGUUCGCAAAGAUUAUCUGAAAUGUCAUAUGAAAACUCAUGCUGUUGACAGAGAAGUUUUUAAAUGUCCAAAGGAGGGCUGCAAAAGAACAUACACAACAGUGUUCAACCUUCAAAGUCAUAUUCACUCAUUUCAUGAGGCAAAAAAACCUUUUGCGUGUGACCAUCCUGGCUGCGGGAAGAUUUUUGCGAUGAAACAAAGCCUCAUAAGGCACAUGGUACAACACGAUCCUGAUAAGAAAAAGUCAAACACAAAAAAACCACAACAAAAGCGGAGUCUGGCCUCUCACCUCAGUGGAUAUAUUCCUCCAAAAGUACAGAGAAGAAACUUAUCUUCGGUGGAAGAAUCUGUGCCUGCAGCAAGCAGCAAAGAGCAAGUUGCUGACGGUUGAAAUGCCAUUCCUUGACAAGAGUUUUAGAUCUGCCUAACAGUCAUCAUGAGAUGCUCACAAAAAGUGGCUUUGAGAGGGUGGUCAUUGCCAAGUUUAUAGAACUGGUACAGAAGGCUGAAGGAAAAUGACUUGUGU